AUGGCCACAAACGGCGACUACCCUUCCGACGACGAAACCCCUCCUCAAUCCCCUGGCCUAGAGCCGCAGGCGGACGAGGAGGUGGAGGAGAAACGAGCAAAGGGCCCGGCGCCCAUGCCCCGCUCGGCGCUCAAGAAGAGCAACGCAAUCGCCGCAGCACACGCAGCGCGUCCAGAGCUCCCCGAACAACCUAACCCCGACCAGCUCGAGGUCGGCAAACUCACCCCGCUCUCCCCCGAGAUCAUCUGCCGCCAAGCGACCAUCAACAUCGGCACCAUCGGCCACGUCGCCCACGGGAAGAGCACGGUGGUCAAGGCGAUAUCCGGCGUGCAGACUGUGCGUUUCAAGACGGAGUUGGAGCGGAACAUUACCAUCAAAUUGGGCUACGCCAACGCCAAGAUCUACCGCUGCGACAACCCCGAGUGCCCUCGUCCGACAUGCUAUCGAAGCUACAAGAGUGAUAAGGAGGUUGAUCCUCCGUGUGAGCGGGAUGGAUGCAGUGGGACAUAUCGGCUAUUAAGACAUGUGUCCUUCGUCGAUUGCCCUGGCCACGACAUCCUGAUGAGCACCAUGUUGUCGGGCGCAGCAGUGAUGGAUGCCGCUCUGCUACUCAUCGCCGGCAACGAAACUUGCCCACAGCCCCAGACCUCGGAGCAUCUGGCGGCCAUCGAAAUCAUGAAACUCCAGCACAUCAUCAUCCUGCAGAACAAGGUCGAUCUGAUGCGCGAAGAAGCGGCCGCAACGCACUACGACUCGAUCAAGAAGUUCAUCCGCGGCACCGUAGCAGACAACAGCCCCAUCAUCCCCAUCUCCGCGCAGCUCAAGUUCAACAUCGACGCCAUCAACGAGAUGCUGUGCUCCAAGAUCCCGGUCCCCAUGCGCAACUUUGCCGAUGACCCGCGACUCAUCGUCAUCCGCUCCUUUGAUGUCAACAAGCCCGGUUCGGAGAUUGAAGAGCUGCAAGGUGGCGUGGCUGGCGGCAGUAUCCUCACCGGUAUUCUCAAACUCAACGACGAGAUCGAGAUCCGACCUGGCAUCGUGUCCAAAGACGGGAACGGCAAGAUCCAAUGCCGCGCCAUUUACUCCCGCGUCGUGUCCCUCUUCGCUGAGAACAACAGCCUCAAAUUCGCCGUGCCAGGCGGGCUUAUUGGUGUGGGCACGCGCAUUGACCCCACGCUCUGCCGUGCCGAUCGUCUCAUUGGCUUCGUCGUCGGCCUCAAGGGCAAACUGCCCAAGAUCUACACCGAAAUCGAAGUGAACUACUUCCUCCUGCGCCGCUUGUUGGGCGUCAAGACGGCCGAUGGCAAGCAGGCAAAGGUGGCGAAGCUGGCGAAGAACGAGGUGCUCAUGGUCAACAUCGGGUCCACAACAACGGGAGCAAAGGUGACGGCUAUCAAGGCGGAUGUAGCCAAGUUGCAGCUCACCAGCCCGGCGUGCACGGAGCUUGGCGAGAAGGUUGCGCUGAGCCGGAGAAUUGAGAAGCAUUGGCGGUUGAUUGGAUGGUGA